AUGGUAGCAGAACAGAAUCCAGAAACCAAACAGGCAGAAAUGACAAAAACAGACAGGCAGGACAAGGAGCAGCGAAGAGCUCCAAGAAAGCCAAGAGAAGAGAAGAAAUGGGUGCCAAAGACCAACCUCGGCAAGCUUGUUCUAAUGGGCAAAAUGACACUGAACGAUAUCUACACAAACAGUUUAAAGAUACAAGAGCCAGAAAUAGUAGACUUUCUAGUGGGAUCCAAGCUGAAGGACGACGUGCUUUGCAUCAAGUCCAUCCAGAAACAGACCAAGGCAGGACAGAGAACCAGAAUCAAGGCUGUGGUUAUAGUCGGAGACGGCAACGGAAGCAUUGGAAUCGGGAUCAAGUCCGCAAAGGAGGCUAGAUCCGCAAUAGAAAAGGCCACAGAAGACGCAAAGUGCCAGAUGCAGCCCAUCGACUUUGGAUGGUGGGACAGAGAGGUAGGCGAGCCACACACAGUGAAAGUAAAGGGAUCCGGAAAGUGCGGGAGCGUCAACAUCACUCUGACUCCCGCCCCAAAGGGAACAGGAAUAGUUGCAGCCACUCUUCCAAAGAAGAUCUUCCAGAUGGCAGGAAUCAAGGACAUCUUCACUGCAUCAGCAGGACGUACAUGCGCAAGUGAAAACUUUGCAAAGGCAACUGUUGCUGCUCUACAGAAAUGCAACACUUUCUACUCACCCAAGAACUGGGAAACUCCCGAGCCAAUCCCAUCACCCCUCCAGGUCUACUCUGAGCUUAUUUCAAACUUCAACAAAAAACUAGCAUUAUAA